GCGUUGAUGACACCACCUCGCAGCUGGACUGAGCUCGCACUCGCCUGCUUCCGUCUGAAAUCCCCACAUUUUGUUUCAAAUCGUCCUGUUUGAGGAAAGGGGUAAGGACCAGAUGAGUCGCCCGCUGGCCUGUUCUAAAAAUGUCACGACUUGGACUUGGGCAUGGAUGGUUUUUCCUAGGCAAAGGAAAGUUGGCGCGAGCAAGGCAUGAAUGUUCAAAGACCACGAUGCACAUCUGGGGCUCCCUUGAGAUGAGGCUGACUGUGUGGGCGAGUCCUCGACUGCUUUUCAGCCCAUAAAACCAAUCAGUGAAGAAACAAAGACUGCAUGAACGGCCUGGGAUCGUGUUCGACAGAAGCGUCGCCAGCUAGCGUGAUAUCGAACAGACGACCUCCAACACUUCAGGAAAGGAACAAAAACUAAAUCUACGUCGCUCUCAUUCCUGUUUUGCUUGCUCAAAGCGAGCAGGCUUUUGACCAAGAUGAACCCGUAUGUCACUUGCCACUUCCGGAGGAAUCUGUUUCCCCACUUUCAUUUGUUGUAGGUCCAUGCAGGGAAGACACGGCGUGUCCCGUGUUUGCCCGCCUUUCAUCCGUCCUUCCGGGAGUUCCAUCGGACAGAUUUCCUCUGUAGAAUCAAGGAUUUGACGUUGCACAGUCUUGGUACUUAUCCGUGUUCUGUGGUUGGAGUGCUGGGGAAACGGUCUAUGCUCGGUAAAUACCAAGUCUUGUAGCUUGUCUUUGUUUAUUUGGUCAUCAAACGCUUGAUUCUUAAUCAUGUUGAAGGUUCUAUCCCAUUGGUGGAUUUGAUAUGCUUGUAAUUUUCCCCACCGUUGGAAAAUUCUAACAUCCAGGUGCUUAUUGAAAGCGGGAAUUGGAGGUUUCAAUUUGCAAAGGACCCGUGUACUUACCUUCCUCCCGUGCGUCACACCCGACGCCAGACAGUUACGAGUAAUCGCUCUCUUUGCUUCCUUUGAUGUCUGACCAGGCCAUUGGCGAGGUCCAGCUGCUGAGGUAGACUCACACUUCUUCACGUGAUCUUUAUUCGUGGGAAAGAAAAAAAUCCGCAAAGCUAAAGUAACACAGGCCCAGAGCCUCCAAGACAAGAUGCGGACUUGUUCGAGCCGUGAAGAGACAGAAAAUGUGCACGAAUGAAUGAGUAUUUGAUGCACUCACAUGCUGUUCCUUUCCCCUCAUGCCAAAACCAAGGGCUGGGAGAGCACCAAGAACUGUAUCGUAAGAAGCUUUCUUCUCACCUGCAUGCUAGGUAUUUCAACAUAACUUCUCCGAUUUAUUGAUUUGUCUGAUUGCAGUCACUCCCAAAAGUUUGUGCAAGAGCUAGUCCCGGUGCCUGACCAUGGCCUCCCGUGUGCUUUUUUCAAACCCCGCAUGCCUUGUCCGGUCCUCGGAUUGGUAAACACUUGCAUCUAAUUUUAUGCUUUUCCCAUGAAUGCAACUUAUACUUGAUCCCAGACCGUUUUUUUUCUGUGAGACCUAUGCAUGAGAGGAUUGGUGGCACUGCAAGCAAGCGGGGACAGGACACACCCAACAUGUAACGGACCGAUGGCCUUAGAGGGAAUCACAACUGGACGGCAUGGGUUGUUAUUCUGCUGAAAGACAGCGCUGAUACGACGACUGGCGACUUGGAGGACUUUGACAAAACGCCGCAUGAUGGGCGCGGCCCGUGUGAAACGGCGCUUCAGUGCUGUGGUGGAUGGGCCAGUGGAGGAGGAGGAAGUCAUGAGGCUGGCACAGAGUGAAGCAUGUCUGGCUCAGGCAGAGGGUAGCCCAACCGGGUCCGGCAGCCCGACACACGCCAUCAAUGGCAAAGCCCUGCAUCUUCACAGCAGAACUGAUGCACGGAGGCAGAGCGUUGCCGGAGAGUCGGCCGAAGGAGAAGUCGGAGAAUGCGCAGACCUCAGGAAGGGAAGAGGAAGUAGUGGAGGAGGAAGAGGGGUAGACUGGUCGGACCAGGAUUCCCUAUCUUCUCCCUCUACCACGAGCCGCUGGCGCACCAAGCGUGCUAGCCGCCAGCCCCGAAAGCGCUUUGUGGACAAGGACGGACGCUGCAACGUUACCUUUGUCAACAUGAGCGAGAGGGGCCAGCGGUACCUCAGUGACCUCUUCACCACCUGUGUGGACAUCCGCUGGCGCUGGAUGCUGGUCAUCUUCACGCUCUCCUUCCUUCUCUCCUGGCUGCUCUUUGGAUUCGCCUUCUGGCUCAUUGCCUCCGCGCACGGGGACCUCUCUGUACGCCUCGCCCCCGUCCCCGGUAGCGUGUCGGCAGGGGCCGCCCCCGGGGUGGAGGUGGCGGUGGAGGAGCCAUGCUUUCUCCAAGUGAACAGCUUCAUGGCGGCCUUCCUCUUCUCUUUGGAGACGCAGACGUCAAUCGGUUACGGAUUCCGAAGCGUGACCGAGCAGUGCCCCCUGGCGGUGAUGGCGGUCAUUUUGCAGUGCAUCGUGGGCUGCAUUAUUGACGCCUUCAUCAUCGGGGCGGUCAUGGCAAAGAUCGCCAAGCCCAAGAAACGCAACGAAACUCUGGUUUUCUCCAAAACGGCUGUCGUGGCCCUGAGGGACGGGAAACUGUGCAUGAUGUGGAGAGUUGGAAACCUGCGAAAGAGUCACCUGGUGGAGGCACAUGUCCGAGCCCAGCUGUUGAAGUCGAGGGUGACGCCGGAGGGGGAGUUCCUUCCGCUGGACAACCUGGACAUUAACGUUGGUUUCGACACCGGCACUGACCGCAUUUUCUUGGUGUCGCCGGUCACGAUUGUCCACGAGAUCGACGAGCAGUCUCCUUUCUUCGGGAUGGACCGCAAGACCCUGGAAAGCGACGGAGAGCUGGAGGUGGUGGUGAUACUGGAGGGCAUGGUGGAGGCCACGGCCAUGACCACGCAGUGCCGAAGCUCCUACCUGGCGUCCGAAGUCCAGUGGGGUUACCGUUUUGAACCCGUGCUCUUCGAGAAGAGGGACCGCUACGAGGUGGACUACUCCUUCUUCCAUCGAACGUACGAGAUCCCUGACACGCCUUUGUGCAGCGCUAAAGAGCUGGCGGAGCUCAGGUUUACCCCAAGCUGGCGCUCGUCCUUCUGCUAUGAGAAUGAAGUGGCCCCUGAGCCGGAACCCCAACAGGACCCCGAAUGUCCUGCCCCAGGGUCCACCGGACCGGCACAGCAUCUUCACCGCUAGUCAGGAAAAGUCUAGUUCGCCUGAGACUGUUGUCUGAUUGGUCCUGGCAGUCUUGCGCAAUCAUCAAGGGUCCCAGCUGGCCCAUCAGCACCGCAGCACAGCACACUCUGGUGGCCGCGCCUUGCAACUGCACCCAUCGAGACUUUGGCAUGCCUCGGUACUGUGCUGAUUUAUCAGGACUGUUUCCGUGUGGUAAGUAUAUUUGGCAAGGCAUCGAUUACAUGGAGCUACGAACCCGCAGCAAUUUUUGUAGCUUUUCCAUGUAAUUACCGUCUUUUUGUUGUUAUUCUACAAAACCCAAAACGCAGUGAGGUUGUCACCUUGUGUAAAUGCUAAAUAAAAAAUCAUUUCCAACUUAUAUUCAAUUGAAUAGACUGCAAAGACGAGAUAUAUUUAACAUUCACACUGGUUAAUUUUUGCAAAUUUUUGCUCAUUUGGAAUUGGAUGCCUGCAACAUGUUUCAAAAAAGCUGGCACAGGUGGCAAAAAAGAGUGAGAAAGUGGAGGAAUUCUCAUCAAAGACUUAUUUGGAACAGGCUGAUUGGAAACAGCUGGGUGCCAUGAUUGGCUGUAAAAAGUCUGUAGAACGCUCUCCCUGACCACCUGAGGGCCCCUCGGACUGUGGAUGCUUUCAAAAAAGGCUUAAAAACCCAUCUUUAAAAAAAAAAAGCCUUUUUAUAGACAUGCAUGCUGGUUCUGGCUAUUGGGCUGUUUCUAGUUUUAUAUUUUAUUUAUUUUUAUUAUCUUUUUCCUAUUAUUAUUAUUACUAUUUUUUUUACACUGUGGCACUUUGAGGUUGUUUGCUCAAAGUAAAGUGUUUUUUUUUUUU